AUGGGGACAUCUGGCCCAGUGGGAGGCAUCCUGGUGACUCUCCUCUGCUGCUGCCUGCUGAGCUCGGCUCUGGUCGAUCCUGAUGAUGUUCUCACGAAAGAAGAACAGAUCUAUCUCCUGGUGGAGGCCAAGGAAAAGUGUCAGAGGGACAUAAAGGCCCAGCUGGAGAAGAUCAAAGACCCCAGCUGCCCUCCAGAGUGGGAUGGGAUCAUCUGCUGGCCAAGGGGCUCCCCCAGCCAGGAGGUGUCAGUGCCUUGCCCUGAUUACAUCUACGACUUCAACCACAAAGGUCACGCCUACAGGUACUGCAGUGCCUAUGGGACCUGGGCCAUGGCUCUCAGCAUCAACAAGACCUGGGCCAACUACACCGAGUGUGCCCUGCUCUUCUCCUCCGAGAGCCGGAGCCACCAGAAGGAGGUGUUUGACCGCCUGCACCUCAUGUACACCGUGGGCUACUCCAUCUCCCUGGCCUCCCUCAUCGUCGCUGUCUGCAUCCUCUCCUACUUCAAGCGCCUGCACUGCACACGGAAUUACAUCCACAUGCACCUCUUCACCUCCUUCAUCUGCCGGGCCCUCAGCAUCUUCCUGAAGGACCUGGUGCUCUACUCGGGCACGGCGCCCAGCGACGCCGACAGGAGGGAGGACGACUUCAGGGCUCCCUUGCCAGGACAGCGGGCACACCUGGUUGGCUGCAAGGUGGUGGUGACUCUGUUCCUCUAUUUUCUGGCCACCAACCACUACUGGAUCCUGGUGGAAGGUCUCUACCUGCACAGCCUGAUCUUCAUGGCCUUCCUCUCCAACAAGAACUACCUGUGGGUCCUCAUCAUCAUCGGCUGGGGUCUCCCUGCUGUGUUUGUGUCCAUCUGGGCCAGCGUCAGGGCCUCGCUGGCAGACACACAGUGCUGGGACCUCAGUGCAGGGAACAUGAAGUGGAUUUAUCAGGUCCCCAUCCUGGCUGCAGUCGUGGUGAACUUCUUCCUCUUCCUCAACAUCGUCCGGGUGUUGGCCUCCAAGCUCUGGGAGAGCACCACGGGCAAGCUGGACCCCAGGCAGCAGUACAGGCAACUGCUCAAGUCCACGCUGGUGCUGAUGCCGCUUUUCGGAGUGCACUACGUGGUGUUCACGGCCAUGCCCUACACCGAGGUCUCCGGGCUCCUGUGGCAGAUCCAGAUGCACUACGAGAUGCUCUUUAACUCCUCCCAGGGUUUCUUUGUGGCUUUUAUCUACUGCUUUUGCAAUGGGGAGGUGCAGGCCGAGAUCAAGAAGGCUCAUUUCCGCAGGCUCCUGGCGCUGCACCUGGGGCAGCCGGCGCGGCCCGGGAGCUGCUGCUGCGCCGGCCGGGGCUGCCGGGCCCCGCAGAGCCUCAGCACCAGCCUGGCGGGGCGGGCAGCGGGCGGCACCCGGGGGACGCUGCUCCCGAACCGGCCCCGCCCGCCCGGCUCCAUCCCCGCGCAGGAACCGAGCCAGAGGGGCCGGGGGGAACACACGGGGGAUUUGACAGAGCUGACUCAGUGCCACGCCAAGCCCAGCAAGGAGCUGGAGACGAUGCUGUGA